GCGUCCAGCACCCAUCAGUCAGCUGCCCCUGCACCAUGAGCCGGCGCAGUCUCUCGCUCCGGUUCCCGCUGCUCCUGUUGCUGCUGCCGACGCCCCCGGUCCUCGCGGCUGCCUCCCGGGCCCCCGCGCCGGUGAACCCCUGUUGUUCGUAUCCGUGCCAGCACCAGGGAAUCUGCGUCCGCAUUGGUCUUGAUCUCUACCAGUGUGACUGCACCCGCACGGGCUACUCCGGCCCCAACUGCACCGUCCCUGAUCUAUGGACCUGGCUCCGGAAUGCAUUGCGGCCCAGCCCCUCUUUUCUCCACUUCCUGUUGACCCAUGGGCGCUGGUUCUGGGAGUUUGUCAAUGCCACCUUCAUCCGUGAAAUGCUCAUGCGUCUGGUACUCGUAGUGCGUUCCAACCUUGUCCCCAGCCCCCCAACCUACAACUCAGCCCAUGACUACAUCAGCUGGGAGUCCUUCUCCAAUCUGACCUACUAUACCCGUAUUCUGCCCUCUGUGCCCCAAGACUGCCCUACACCAAUGGGAACCAAAGGGAAGAAGCAGUUGCCAGAUGCUCAGCUCCUGGCCCAUCGCUUCCUGCUCAGGAGGAAGUUCAUACCUGAUCCCCAAGGUGCCAACCUCAUGUUUGCCUUUUUUGCACAACAUUUUACCCACCAAUUCUUCAAAACUUCUGGCAAGAUGGGUCCUGGCUUCACCAAGGCCUUGAGCCACGGGGUAGACCUGGGCCACAUUUAUGGAGACAAUCUGGAGCGUCAGUAUCAUCUGCGGCUCUUUAAGGAUGGGAAACUCAAGUACCAGGUGCUGGAUGGAGACGUGUACCCCCCCUCGGUGGAAGAGGCACCUGUGUUGAUGCACUAUCCACGGAAUGUUUCGCCACGGAGCCAGAUGGCUGUGGGCCAGGAGGUGUUCGGGCUGCUUCCCGGCCUCAUGCUCUAUGCCACAAUCUGGCUGCGUGAGCACAACCGUGUGUGUGACCUGCUGAAGGCUGAGCACCCCACCUGGAACGACGAGCAGCUCUUCCAGACGACCCGCCUCAUCCUUAUAGGCGAGACCAUCAAGAUCGUAAUUGAGGAGUAUGUGCAGCAGCUGAGUGGCUACCUCCUGCAGCUGAAGUUUGACCCGGAGCUGCUGUUCGGUGUCCAGUUCCAGUAUAGCAAUCGCAUUGCCGUGGAGUUCAACCACCUCUACCACUGGCACCCACUCAUGCCCGACUCCUUCAAAGUGGGCUCCCAAGAGUACAGCUAUGAGCAGUUCUUGUUCAACACCUCAAUGUUGGUGGACUACGGCGUUGAGGCCCUAGUGGAUGCCUUCUCUCGUCAGGGCGCUGGCAAGAUCGGUGGCGGUCAGAACUUGGACCAGCAUGUCCUGCAUGUUGCCGUGGAGGUCAUCAAGCAGUCUCGAGAGUUGCGGCUGCAGCCCUUCAAUGAGUACCGAAAGAGGUUUGGCAUGAGGCCCUACACCUCUUUCGAGGAGCUCACAGGAGAGAAGGAGAUGGCAGCUGAGUUGGAAGAGCUAUAUGGUGAUAUCGAUGCCAUGGAGUUCUAUCCGGGGCUGCUUCUUGAGAAGUGCCAUCCAAACUCCAUCUUUGGGGAGAGUAUGAUAGAAAUUGGGGCUCCCUUUUCCCUCAAGGGCCUCCUAGGGAAUCCCAUCUGUUCUCCGGAGUACUGGAAGCCCAGCACAUUUGGCGGCGAGACAGGUUUCAACAUUGUCAAGACUGCCACACUGAAGAAGCUGGUCUGCCUCAACACCAAAACCUGUCCUUAUGUUUCCUUCCAUGUGCCUGACCCCAGUCGGGAUGACUGGUUUACUGUGGAGCGGCCGUCCACAGAGCUCUAAGGGGACAAUGCAGCAGCAUUCUGGAGGAUGGAGCUUUGUGCUUAUCAUUCCAGAAUGCUGAGGCCAGGAUUGAUAGUCUUAAAUGUUGAGGCCAACUUUGAUAGCCUAGUUUGGCAUUAAGACUGUUGGGACUGACCUUUAGAACUUUGAAUCCCUCACCAAUUAUCUGGAAUGUUGUGGUUUUGUUUGUUGUUCUAGAAUGCUGAAUUCCUGGUUAAUCAUCCAGAAUGUUGGGAGUGGCUCUCACUUGGCAUGCCAGAACACUGGGUUCCUGGUUAACAAACUAGAAUGUCAGAUUUCUGGUUGAUUUGGAAUAUAGGCAUUUUAGAAUGUGGAGCUCCUGGUUAAAUCAUCUAGAAAGUUAGGGGGCUCUUAUUUUGCAUUCUAGAAUUGUGGGUGACCUUCCCAGGAUGUUAACUUUAUGACUGGUGAUCCAGAAAGUUAUGUUCCUGCUUGAUGACCCAAAACAGUGACUAGUGUGCCAGAAUAGUCCUGAUCUGAAUGCCUAGAAUGUUAAUUUGAUUAUUUUCCUGUUCAAUGAGAUAUCCAUAGAGCAGGAGCAUCUAAUGUCCAAUAAGAAUGCAUUGUCUGAACCCGUACCUGCACUGAGGGAGCAAGAAGGUGGAGUAUAUUUCUUGGGACUCCUAUUUAGAUCCUGGUCCAAGGAUGUAGAUAGAACAGUUGAGCCUUUCCGUGCCUUUGCUUGUAAACCACCAGGGCCUGGUCCCCAAGCAGAUCUUGAAUCACGGCAACUGUUUCUCAUGAGGCUAAUAAAAUUCUCUUUCCAAAGUUG